AUGAACGGUCCAGGGAAGCAACCGCAGACCUGGAGCGAUUAUGAGCGGGGCUUCCGAUCCGACUCUGUAGGGUCAACAGAUAGCGGCCGAGUGCAUUGGGGUGAGUCUCGUCGACGGGAAAGCGGUUCGACCGUCCAUGCGGAUGGCCAAGGCCAGCCUGGCGGCACCAGCAAUCUGCGACAUCGAAGGUCAUCUAUGUCCAUGCGCAUAAACUCAAUCCGGCAUGCCGGCGGCGUCAACAGCAUCGACAAUUUUGCCCGCUCCUGGCAGCGCGCUGCAGGCUUCUUCGAGAUCACACCCGCCAGGCCAUCCUUCCGAGUAUCAGACGCGGAUGAGGGCCAGGAAGAAUACAGUCGCGGAGACCUAGAGGGCAGCGCAGAAACACAAAGGUCUCUGCUUCGAGCAGCCCUCGAAAGCGAAGGGAGACGACCCUCUGACAAUGUCGUAGAAGAGACAGGCGAGCCCGCAGAUGAGACCCAGCAUCUCCUCUCGACACCUGUCCAGCGCCGCGUCAGUGAGCGGCGAGGAUCGCUGCGGGAUGACAGCAUCUUCGACAUUGAGCCGUCGCUGGCGUCGGUGUUCGGCGGCAGCUAUGGCACCACGUACGGAAGCUUGUCUUCACGAGUCAAUGAGUCCUCUAUGCGGCAUGCCGGUCGGUUGUUUACAGAGCAACAAACCAGAGGCUCUACGGCACCAGAUAAGGAGCGCGAGCCGAUGCUGGUGAAACAGGUCGAAGAGGACGGAAAGAUUGUAAACGUUAUUGUUGGCCAAUCGACACUGCCGCAAACCAUCUUUAACUCCGUCAACGUGCUCAUAGGCGUUGGUCUCCUGAGUCUGCCUCUCGCCAUCAAAUACUCCGGCUGGGUCAUCGGCAUGGUUUUCUUCCUUUUCUCCGCUGUUACCACUUCUUACACGGCGAAGAUCCUCGCCAAGUGCCUUGACGUCGAUAGCUCUCUCAUUACCUUUGCAGAUCUCGCCUACGUCUCCUUUGGACCACGUGCGAGGGUCGCAGUGAGCGUCCUGUUCACAUUGGAACUGCUCGCUACCUGCGUCGCUCUAGUCGUUCUCUUUGCAGACAGCCUCGAUGCCCUGAUACCGGGAUGGGGAGGCGUCGCGUGGAAGAUUGUCUGCGGCAUUAUUCUGGUACCUUUGGGAUUCCUGCCUCUGCGCCUGUUGAGUUUCACCAGCGUUCUGGGCAUUCUGUGUUGUUUCGGCAUUGUUGUUGCGGUCUUCAUUGACGGCGCUAUCAAGCCUCAUCAGCCGGGCUCUCUACGAGAACCGGCUCUUACACACUUGUUCCCGGCGAAUUGGCUGACCGUUCCGCUGAGCUUUGGCCUGCUCAUGUCACCAUGGGGCGGCCAUAGCGUCUUUCCAAAUAUCUAUCGCGACAUGCGCCAUCCGUACAAGUACCGACGGGGUGUUAACAUAACCUACAUCUUCACCUACUUCCUAGACCUAAGCAUGGCAGUGGUCGGCCUCCUCAUGUUCGGCGACUCGGUCCGCGAAGAGGUAACCUCCAACAUUCUAGUCACCCCCGGCUAUCCCAAAGCGCUGUCUGUCUUCAUCGUUAUCUGCAUCGCCAUCAUCCCGCUCACCAAAGUCCCGCUCAACGCUCGGCCAAUCAUCAGCACUCUCGAGCUGUUUCUCGGCCUGGACAACCGCGCCGUUUCGCCCGUUGGGCCUAGCCUGCAGGGCGUUUCAGCACUGAAUAGGGGUAUCAUGAAGAUUACGAUUAGGAUCUUGAACACAGUUUUGUUUGUUCUGAUCGCAAUCGUUUUCCCUAGCUUCGACAGGAUCAUGGCGCUGUUGGGAAGUGUGGCGUGCUUUACUGUGUGCAUCAUUCUUCCUCUGGCGUUUCACUUGAAGCUAUUUGGGCCAGAGCUCGGUUGGAAAGAGAAAGCAAUGAACUGGGUGCUGAUUGUUAUCAGCUCUGUUUUGGCGGUUGUGAGUACGGUGUUUGCGUGUUUGCCGAAGGAGACGAUUGGGGCAUAG